GGAGGCUGGGGGAGGGGAGGGGAGGGGGGGUCCCCGGGUCGGUUUCCCGGGAGGGGGAGGGCGUCGCGGCGGCUUCGAUCCGGUGGCCCCGAGCCUCGGCAUCAAGCCUCAUCGGCGUAAAGCCCUCGGCGUUCGUCUCCCGGUAACCGUUUCUCCGCCUCUCUUCUCCCCCGGUGCCCCUCCGUGCGAAGGUCAGAUGUUCCCCCGCCUCGUCGGGAAGACAAGCGGCUCCGGGACCCGCUGAGCACCGAUCCGCUUCUGCUCCGGACCAUGGACUCAUUGAGGCCGCCCCGGGUGUGAAAAUGUCCAACAGCAACCGGGAGCUGGUGAUCGACUUCGUGUCCUACAAACUCUCGCAGAAGGGAUACAGCUGGAGCCAGCUGGAGGAGGAGGAGGGAGGAGGAGAGCACAGGACUGACCUCCCCCCCGAGGAGCCCGAGACGGGCGGCGUGCUCAACGGGAGCCCCUCCUGGCACCCACACGUAGUGAACGGAGCCCCCGCGCACCGGAGCGGCCCGGAGCCGGCCCGGGGGGGGGUCCCGGGGUCCCGGGUGCGUCAGGCGCUGCGGGAGGCGGGGGACGAGUUCGAGCUGAGGUACAGGAGAGCCUUCAGCGACCUCACCUCCCAGCUCCACAUCACCCUGGGCACUGCCUACCAGAGCUUCGAGCAGGUCGUCAACGAACUCUUCCGCGACGGGGUGAACUGGGGCCGCAUCGUGGCCUUCUUCUCCUUCGGGGCCCUCUGUGUGGAGAGCGUGGACAAGGAGAUGCGGGUGCUGGUGGGACGCAUUGUGUCCUGGAUGACCACCUACCUGACCGACCACCUGGACCCCUGGAUCCAGGAGAACGGCGGAUGGGAGCGCUUUGUGGACCUGUACGGGAACGAUGCUGCUGCCGAGGUGAGGAAGGGGCAGGAGAACUUCAACAAGUGGCUCCUGACCGGGGCCACGGUGGCCGGGGUGCUCCUGCUGGGAUCCCUGCUGAGCCGCAAGUGACCCGGGACCACCGCCAGGACCACCACCACCACCAGGACCACCACCACCACCACCACCGUGUCCCUCUCCCUGGCACCGGGACGGCCGCGCCUUCACCGCCACAUCCACCGCACUCCGCUCCCCAGCACGGGGGGGACACACACACAGCCCCCCCCGGGCCAGCACCCUGAUCCACGGAGCUCUCCCCCUCCCCACCCCCCCAACACUCCCUCCAUGCUGCAGCCCCUCUCCUGGCAGCCCCCCACCCCCUUCUCCCUUCCCCUUGUGUUUUAAAGGUGCCCCCCGGCCAGCGGCCCUGGGGGUGCAGGUGGUGGGGGCAGUGCUGGUCAGAGGGUGUCCCAGCCCCAGAUCACUUUGAAAAGAAUAAACAGACUUAUUUUUGCAUGUGUGAGUGCGUGUGUGUGUGGAUGUGUCACUAAUAUAAGGUGUGUGUGUGUGUGUGUGUCCCAGACAGAGCAAGGGUCCCAAGGGUCCAGGCUCCGUGUCCCCGUCCCCACCACCCCCUGGCACCAGGCAGGCUGCUGGAGGGGACCAAGUGUCCCUGCAGUGUCUCCGUCCUGUCCCUGCUCCCUCCAAGCAGAGAAAGUCCCUGGGGAGGAAGAGGCAGAGGCCGGGGUGUCCUGGUGUCACCCCCUCAGCCCCUUUGUCCCCAGAGAGCAGCUGGGGGGCUGGUCCUGGGGGGUGACAGUGUGUGCUGGGCCCGGUUUGAAGGGAUCCUCCUCCCUCUGAAUGUAGAUUGUGGGGCCCUGCUCAUCCCCCCAGCCAUGCCCCCUCCUCCAGGCAGCAAAGGAGGGAGCCAGGCAGGGUGGGGAGCACUUUCCCCAGCCCCCACCCUGCUAAAAGGGGCUCUGUGGAGAGCUGGAGGGGGGAGGUUGUCCAAAAAGUGCAGGAAUAGUGAUCCAGGAGAGGUGGAAGGGACUGGGUGGGCACCAGUGCCCCUGCCUGUUACAGGGUGGGUGACAGGACAGCCCCACCAGUGCCCCGGGGAGGUGGGAGCGAGGGCUGGCACCAUCCCCCCCACCAGACCCCCUCCCUGGGGGUCUCUGUAGUGCAGGCAGACCCUGCCCAUGGCCUGGCUGUGAGGGGUGUGUGCAGUGCAGAGGUGUUGGCUUCCCCCUUCCCCGGGGGCUUUUGAGUUGAAAUUAGCUGAAAUUACCUCCCAAAACAUCCCCCCUCCCCCAAAACCCCUCGGAGCCCCCCCUCUCCCCUUACCCCUGGGGGUCCAGCUGUGUGUGCUCUGCUGUACAUAUCCGAGUAGGUUUUAAUUCUCUUUUUUUUUUUGUGAAUACUCCUUAAUGCUAUUUUUGUUAUCUUGUCUGUCUGUAUUUAUGUGUGGGACCGUGCUCCCUGCAGAGGCCAAGGUGGGAUGGUGGCAGAGGGGGGGUUCUGGGAGGGGGGAAACAGAGGCUCCAGGGGGGUCUCACCAAGCACGGGCUCACGUCCCCCCGCGUUGGAUCCGAUCCCGGCACCCGCCGAUCCUCUGGGGUGGGAUCCAACGGGGGGGAUGGGAGUUUUAGCAUUAGCCCUGUGGAAAAGCUUCGGUUUGCAGGUGGAGGUGAGUCCACUAAUAAACUCUUUGUCAUUGAAA